AUGGUUGCUGAUAGCAGCACAGAUUGUGACAUUGCCACGUCGUUGACCAGGGACUUCAACAAUGGCCCGCAGUCCAAUCAUGCUGGCCAGAGGAAGUCUUCCACCAACAAGAACAUCAAGAAGCUGCGCACCAUCUGCAUGGUGUCCAGCCUGACCAGCUGGCAACACUGGGUGUCCGAGGUCAAGGACAAGCAGGCCAAGGAGCCUUUUGCCUGGGCUCCUGACGCCCUGAGAGAGCUUUGGGACGAACCACCAAAGACGACAAGCACCACUAAAUUAGGAACUUGGGAGAAGGUUUGUCCCGGUCAGGAUCUCACCACUGGCACUGACAUACCUGCUGAUCAGAAAAAUCCUUCAGCUGUCCAGCAGGAGUCCCAAGGCAGUUCUCCUCCUUCCCAAUUGGUGGGUAAAAGGAAGACUCUGCUAGUGCUUCAAGGGGAGUCCCGGAUCAAGACCAAGCAGGUGGUGAAGACUGUGACCAGCGGCAUUCAGGAGAGGAGUGUGGGCAAUACAUUUCUGACCGAGCGGAUCUGUAAGGAGGCUCCACCACCAGGGGAGGAGAUAGACAGGAUGCUGAGCAAGAGGGGGUCGCCCACACUCCGCAGAAAGUGCUCCAAUGUGUUGGAGCUGACCUGCAGCUGGAAGGAGACGGAGUGGAAUGUACCGUCAGAGGGAGAAUUUGGAGAUGGGCGCACCUGUAGCGUGGACACAGAGGAUAGUCGGUACUCUGAGGCAGCGGAAAGGGCCCUUGAGGUGGAGAGCGGCCAAGGUAAACCUGGACAGAUAGACGGCUCUAAACCUGGACAGACAAACAGCACUGUAGCUGGACAGACAAACAGCACUGAAGCUGGACAGACAAACAGCACUGAAGCUGGACAGACAGACAGCUCUAAACCUGGACAGACAGACAACUCUAAACCUGGACAGACAGACAGCUCUAAACCUGUAAAGACAGAUAGCACUGAGUCAUCCGGGGAGGCCAAGCAGAGGGACAAUGACAGCGUCUCACCAAAAGGGAAAAUUGAGUCAUGGGUGAGGGUCAAAAUACCCUCCAUUUCAGUGGGCAGAAAGGAGUUGGAUGACGCCAACAGGAUCAACGCUCUCUCAAGGAAGUACAGUGCCGUGGGCGAUCUGAAGAACCGCUGGCAGAACUGGUCCUCGACGCACACCGUCAACCAGAAGCUCAACCCCUUCAGUGAGGACUUUGACUAUGAAUACUCCAUGUCCCUACGCCUCCGCAAGGGCGAGGAGGGUUACGGACGUCCUAAAGAAGGCACGAAAACAGCCGAACGGGCCAGGCGAGCCGAGCAACACAUCCACGGUGAGAUAGCCGACAUGUGCUAUGUGAUCAGGACUAUGAAUGACCCAGAUCCCGACGGGAAGACCCGCGUCACUUUCAGAGAACUGUUUGAUAGAUACGUACGCAUUUCUGAUAAGGUGGUGGGGAUUCUUCUGAGAGCCAGGAGGCAUGGGAAGGUAGCGUUCAAGGGGGAGAUGCUGUGGCAAGGACAGGAUGACGGUGUUAUCAUCACCCUGUUGGUGUGACGUCAUCUGCGGUGGAACCAUACAGAACUAAGGAGACAUAAGUCCUUUUUAACAUUGAAUGAUUAUGCGCUGAUAGAUGUGGAUAUGUUUCUCAAUAGGAACUUAGACGAUUUGCUGCUAUAGUUUACUGAAGAUUUGAUAUCAAUAUCUAACUCAAUAUUAUAUGUUAUUUUGUUGCUUACAGCUUUUACUAGCUUUUAAAGAACAGUUUAUGUCUUUAUGUUCUAUCUGAACUCAUGAAUCAUGUUAGAACAUGUAUUAAUAUAUGCCUAAUAAAUAGCUUCUUUGACUUGAGGAACAUUGUGUAGUUUAAACAGCGAUUGAGUUUCAUGAUGCAAAGCACAAGCCAACUCUCAUGAGAUUUAGGAGACAUGAAAUCUGAGACACACCAUGCAGGGGAGGCUGGUGGGAGGAGCUAUAGGAGGACUUGUCAUUGUAAUGGCUGGAAUGGAAUCAAUGGAAUGGUAACAAACACAUGGAAACUACGCGUUGGACUCCAUUCCAUUUAUUCUAUUCCAACCUUUACAAUUAGCCUGUACUCCUAUAGCUCCUUCCACCAGCCCCCUCUGAUGCCAUGUAUUGUGUGCCUGACAGAGCUGAACUCAGAUGUGGGCACAUUGGCUGCGUUUAGACAGGCAGCCCAAUUGUGAUGUUAUUUUCACUAAUCAGAUCAGCUCUGAAAAAGAUCUGAUGUGAGAAGAUCUGAUGUAAUUGGUCGAAAGACCAAUUAGUGGAAAAAAUAUCAGAAUUGGGUUGCCUGUGUGAACGCAGCCCUUGUGAACAUGUUUGACCUCCAUGUCUGAUAUCUAAUCGGAUCCCUAAGUCUAAAAUACACUUGAUAAUGUAUUAAUCAACAACUUGGUGUCAGUUUACGGUCUCUGAUAUGGAUUGUCCACUUUUAUUUGAAUAACCAUACUUUCUAUUUGACAAUCUAUCUAUCAAUCUAUUCAUUUGAAUGUAAUUGUUAUGAAGGGAGUUAAUAGUAGAAAUAAAGAAAAACCCUUGAAUGAGUAGGUGUUCUUUUGACCGGUAAAGUAUUAUGUUUUCAUGUAUUUUCAAGAGGACCAUAAUUGAAAUAACUAACUUUUUUGUGUCAUCCUUGAUUAUUUGAAUGUCAUUGUACUGUAUCCACAUGUGUGGUUAUAUUGUGUUUAAAAUGGUAAAAUAAAUCAAAUCAAAUAAAUAUUACAGGAAUGUAAUAAUUUAAA